GUACAACAUACGUACUCGAAUGAUUCGUUAUUCUGGUUAAUGGUAGCAUUAUGACUUUAAAAGCAGUGAAACUGUUCUUUUUAAAUAUCUGGGCCAUACGGAAUAUCCUCAUCGUACUGAUUGCUAUUCUGGCCCCUAUAAAUCUUAUCAGUGACGACACUAAGGAAUCAAAAUGUGCCUAUGGACUGAUAGUAAUGGCUGUUCUCUGGUUAACAGAAGCUCUUCCAAUACCAGUUACAGCUCUCAUGCCAGUUAUAUUGUUUCCAUUGUUAGGGGUAGUCCCAGGCAAGACCAUAUGCACGUUUUUCCUCAACGACACAAGCAUGUUAUUUAUAGGAGGCCUUAUAGUUGCUGUAGCCGUAGAGGAAGUGGGAUUACACAGCAGAAUAGCCAUGGGAAUCGUUUCUAUCUUGGGAUCUAAUCCUAAUAUGUUAAUGUUAGGUCUAAUGUUACCCACGUGGUUUUUAUCAAUGUGGAUCAGUAACACUGCAGCGACAUCUAUGAUGAUUCCCAUUAUUGUGGCUGUUAUGGACCAGGUUAGAGAAGCAGAAAAACUUCAAGGAAACACCACUGAUGGCAAAGAUAAUCUGGCAUAUGUAACAGAACAAUAUGAAUUACAGAAGAAAAGCAUGGAAACAAGCCCUGGCGCUAAUGGAGUACCAGUGUCUGUUGAUGAUAUACAGAUUAAUGAAGGAGAAAUUGACCAUGAAAGAGAAGAGGAGUUGAAAAGAUUUGGUAAAGGUCUGGCGUUAAGUGUUGCCUACGGAGCAAAUGCUGGUGGUAUUGCCACGCUGACAGGAACACCGCCUAAUCUUAUCUUGCAGGGUCAGGCUGACAAAAUUUACGACAAAUAUGAAACAGGUGCUGAUAGUGGGAUUACGUUUGCUAAUUGGAUGGGUUUUGCCUUCCCUUUGUCUGUCUUAAUAUUGAUAUUGUGUUGGCUGUGGUUACAGCUAUUCUUUCUACGAUCUCUAUGCUGUAAGAAAUCAGAUGCAACAAGGAAAGAGGCUAUCCAAAAAGCUAUUCAAUUAGAGAAAAAGAAGUUGGGACGAAUGACAUUUGGAGAAAUUAUAGUACUUAUAUGUUUUAUAAGUUUGGCGUUACUAUGGAUAUUUAGAUGGAUACCUGGAUUCGGGGGAUGGGCAAAUCUAUUUCAAGUUGAUGUGAAGGGAGGUCCGUAUGCCAGAGAUUCUACAGCUGCUAUGUUAAUAGCUAUUGCAUUGUUUGUUCUGCCAAGGAAACUCCCUAACAUAUUCUGUUGGAAUAAGGAAUCUGACAAGAAACCAUAUUACACACCAAUAUUAACUUGGGAGACAGCUGUACAUAAAGUGCCCUGGGGUAUAAUUAUACUUCUUGGAGGUGGUUUUGCACUAGCCGAGGCCAGUAAAAUUUCUGGACUUUCCAAAUUAGUAGGAUGCAAGUUAACAGUGUUCAGUUACAUGGAUCUAUGGGUGAUGAAUCUCAUUAUUUGUUUGAUUGUGGCAGCAGCUACUGAAAUAACUAGUAACAGUGCAACAGCUACACUGCUUAUGCCAAUCAUGGCAGAAUUGGCAAUAUCACUUGGACAACACCCUCUCUACCUGAUGAUAUCAACAGCUAUCGCUUGCUCCUUUGCCUUUAUGUUACCAGUGGCAACACCACCAAACGCCAUUGUCUUUUCUACUGGAUUUAUAAGAAUACCCGAUAUGGCUUCUGCAGGUUUAGCAAUGAAUGUCAUUGCUAUCUUGGGGUUGACACUGGCCAUAAAUACAUGGGGAAUUCCAAUAUUUGGAUUGGAUGUUAUACCAAGCAUAUUCAACAUAACUGGUGCAAAUGGAACAUGUCCUUAAUGUACCUCAUGACGAUGAUGUUAAAUGUUAAACAAAGUAUAUGUCAUGACAUUUUAAUCUUGUGUUCAUCAUAGAACAAAACAUGUUUUAUAUUUAAAAUAAUGUCUACAAUAAUUUUUAUCAAAAAAAAAGUGUGUGGAUUAUA